UCUGUUGGCUUUUGGCUCUUGGCCAUAUAUAAAGCCUUGGCCAAGUUCUAGCUCGACUCAGUUGUGCUCUUCAGCUGGCUAAGAAUCUACAGAGAUAAUCUACAGGAAUCUUCUAGAAUGGAUCGCUGGCAGGAUCGUGUGGCUAUUGUUACGGGAGCUAGUUCUGGAAUCGGAGCAGCUGUUGCCCGGAAACUGGUGGAGGCCGGAGUGGUGGUGGUGGGCCUGGCCCGGAGAGUGGAACGCAUGGAGGCCAUCAAGGAGCAGAUGCCCAUGGAACACCAGGCCCGUUUCCAUACCAUUCAUUGCGAUGUCGGGGACCUGGAUUCGAUAACCGCCGCCUUUGAUUGGGUCGAGGAGCAGUUCGGAGGAUGCGACAUUUUGGUCAACAAUGCUGGCUGCCUCUUUCCGGGCCAACUGCUGACCCUCGACGUGGAGCACCUGCAGCAGACCCUCAAUGUGAAUCUGAUGGGCACCGUCCACUGCACGAGACGCGCCUUCCGCUCGAUGCAGCAGCGGGACGUGGCAGGACACGUCGUCCUUUUGAACAGCCUCACGGGGGAGACGGUCAUCAAUCCGCCGGGCGACGAGCUGCAGGUCCUCAACAUGUAUCCUCUGACCAAGCACGCCAUAAAGGCCCUGCUGGAGGUCCUGCGCCAGGAGCUGAGGGGCUUCAAGACCAAAAUUAAGGUUACGAGCAUCGCACCUGGGAUCAAAUCAAAUCACAUCAUAUGUCACAACAUUUCAAAUCGAUUCAAGUACAAGUCAACUUUAAAUCAGUUGAUGUCAGAGAACUGCACGAAUCACAUUUUUUUUGUUCAUACUCGAGUAAUGAUAGGUUACUCUGAUUGAUUUUAAAAUUUGAUUCAUGUGAACAGAGCGAUCCGAAUGCUUCGUGUCAAUGAUUUGGAACAAUUUUGAAUCACUAUCGCAUCAAUUGGGAAUGAUUUGUUUUGAUUUGUUCAGAAGCAAAGCAAUACCCGAAAAUGAUGUAAAAUCAUACACAUAUGAUUGAUUCUGAUUCGCCUGCUGAGCUUAAUGAGCUUUAAUCUGGAGCCUUUUGAGGCUGUAUCUGGAGCCUAUAUGAGGCUUAAUAUAUUUAUAAGGUUACGUGGAAAUUUGGUUAAACUGAUAGCUUUAAAACUGAGAAACUAGUUUGCGUAGAAACAGGCUGCCAGACGGCAAACGGAAAUUCCUAUAUUGACUCA